AUGACUCUUCCUCCUCCUCAGAGUUCUCCUCCUGCUCAGCGGGCUCCUCCUGCUCAGCUGGCUUCCCUGGCUGGCACAGCUGGCUCCUCCUGCUCAGCGGGCUUCCUGCUCAACGAGCGGGCUCCUCCUGCUCAGCGGGCUCCUGCUCAGCAGGCUCCCCCUGCUCAGCAGGCUAUCCCUGCUCAACGGGCUUCCCCUGCUCAGCGGGCUUCCCCUGCUCAGCGGGUUUCCCCUGCUCAGUGGGCUUCCCCUGCUCAGCUGGCUCCUCCUGCUCAGCGGGCUCCUCCUGCUCAGCAGGCUCCCCCUGCUCAGCUGGCUCCCCCUGCUCAGCGGGCUCCUCCUGCUCAGCGGGCUCCCCUGCUCAGCUUCUCCCUGCUCAGCGGGCUCCUCCUGCUCAGCUGGCUCCCCCUGCUCAGCUGGCUCCAGCGGGCUCCUCCUGGCUGGCUCCCCCUGCUCAGCGGGCUCCUCCUGCAGCAGCUGGCUCAUCCUCCUGCUCAGCGGGCUCCUCCUGCUCAGCGGGCUCCUCCUGCUCAGCGGGCUCCUCCUGCUCAGCGGGCUCCUCCUGCUGUCUCUGGAAACCCGACCGCCCAGAAUCCGACCGGAUGA